AUGGAGGAGGCUUUCGCGAUUGCUACUGUUGGUAGGAGGCGCAAGGUUGAUGCUCUAAUGCUCUUUCAUCAAGUUCCCAAAACUAUGUUGCUGCAACAAAGAAAUUUGCUUGUUCUAAUUGUAGAAGCAGGAGUAUGGUGCAUUGCAAACGAGCAUGCGUCGGAUGCUGAGCUGCAGAGUGCACUUGAUUAUGCAUGUGGCGCAGGAGCAGACUGCACUAAAAUUCAGGAAUAUCAGCCUUGUUAUUUUCCAAACACGGUCAAAGACCACGCUUCAUAUGCCUUCAAUAGCUACUUUCAGAAGAACAACUACUUGCCUCACAGCUGCGACUUCGGAUCAGCUGCUGUGCUAACCACGCUUGAUCCUAGUCAUGGAGAAUGCAAGUUCGAUUAUUCCACAUUCUUUGAAGAUUCUUCCAAAGUCUUAGACAUUAUAUAG